AUGGAGACCGGCGAGACCGGCCCACCCCCACCAUCGGCGUCCGCGGCGACGAGCGUCCCGAUUGGGACAAAGGAGACGCAAGUCCCUAUCGCCGCCGCGACCUACGCCACCGCCGCGAUUCAAAAGACCAAGCAGACUCCCGAGCAGCAGACCCAACAACAACACCGUGCCAAGGCUUUGACCCAAAUGUUCGAAGUCAUGGGUGCUGUACCGGGCAAUCGCACCGACCGGUGGUUGCAAGCCACCUUCGCCACCGACGAGUACCCUGUCGCUACCGCUACAUCGCUCAAGUAUUCGGCUCUCAACGCCAAUCGAUCCAUUCGAAACAUCUUCGACUUUGCUCUCGACGUCACUUUGACCGUCCAAGGCGCCUCGAAGGCCUCUCCCGCGGACAAGGCCGAUCUGCUCGGUUGCGUCACGAGACUGCUCUCCCCGCAAUCGCCCCUGUGCUUCGACGCCGAGGUCACCCUUCCCGAGCACCUUGCAGCGUUUGCGCCCCAGAUUAGGGGUAUCCAACACUCGUCUUUCGUCAGGGCCGGUGUGGUCAACCACCGUAUCUCCGUGGGAUUCGUUUCGGCGAAGGCACGUGACUCGGCGCUUACGGCCCCACUGGCGCUUACUUGGCACUCUGCAAAGGCUCACUUCGCAAAGGCCCACCACUUCUACCACAACAUGGUCGAGCUGCGUAUCAACGUCGGUGUCGCAGCGGUCCCAUCCAGGGAUGCCAUUGUUGACUCUUUUAAAUCAAUUGUCACCAAAAUCACAGCCAAGGGACACCGUUGCGAGCUGGUACAAGUCUUGCGCGUGAUCCACGUCGAUAACGACUCGGCCUAUGCGCACUUGGCCGGCGAGUUUUCGGCCUUUAUCCGCUUCGACGACGACGCCCUUUUCAAAGCCCCUAACAACACGCUGAAGGAGCUCCUACCGUCGAAGGUCUCUCUAGCCACUAGAGGCAACAUGCAUACGGCGGUUCGUCACGACUACGAACGAGAAGCGGCCUGUGCUCGGUGCCACUUUGUGGGGCAUGUGGAGACCUGCGCGCUGGAACAGGAGAGGAGGCAGAAGGAAGCGAACAACAACACCGGAAGGCACAACAAGCACCACAACAACCCAACCAACACCAACAACAACAACAACGACACCACCAACACCAACAACACCGACAACGACGCUUCCGAGGUUGUGGCCCCUAGCCGCGCCCUCGGAACCGACCAACUCGAAUCGCGGAACCGAUUUGCGGGGCUCGAGGUCGAAGGAGGACAGGAGGAUGACGUCGAGGAGGAGGAUGCAGGAAAGGAGGGCGAGGAAAAGGAGCAGGUCGAAGAAGGAGACGAGGAUACGGGCGCCAAGGCGGACGACGAGGAUUCGGACUCGGAUGGGAACGCCGGAGCGGGCAUCGACAAGGCGGGAGGCGACGACAAGGACGACGACAAGGACGACGACGAGGACGAACAGGACGACAGCUCGGAGGGAAGCGAACAAAGGGAGGACGAAGGAAACGAUGGGGAUGACGUGAUGAAAGAUGGAGCAGAGGAGGAGGACGAAGGGACGGAGACGGAGGUGGAAGAAGAGGUCGAGCAGGAACAGGGGGUACAGGACGACAGCAUCAUGAUCAUCGACGACGACCAAACGACGAUCACCACGGUUUCCCGCGAGUCGACUCCUCGGAGUCCCUCGUGGCCUCCACUAUCUCCUGAGACGUUGGCAAAGUCGCUGCGCGAGGGUGCGGAGUGGGACCGAGCUAACGCCGAAGCUGCUGCACGUGUCCAAGCAGAAAAGGAGGCGAUCAUCAACGCCCAACUCGACGCGGAGGAACCGCUCGUUCGCCACCAAUUUGCAGAGUGGGGUCAGGAAGAUGGACAACUGCGAUUCAUCAACAUUCGUGGCACCGGCUCCGGGUCGAACAAGAAGAUGAAGAGGUCGCAAACGGUGGCCGAUCUCAGCGAUCCGAGCGACGACCCGGUCGAUAUCAAGCGCGUUCUGAACAGGGUCAAAGGUCGAGCAGGAAAGGAGGUAGCGGGUCAGGGGAAGAGGGUGACGAGGUCGAUGUCGGCGGCGGCGGCGAUGCAGGUCGAGGGGGCCAAGGCGAAAGCGGAGAAGGGUAAAGGGGUGGAGGAGGAGAAGCGCUGGUCCGACCACGAGCCCGAGGAUGACAUUCUCCCCGAAUUCCCACUCUUUGAGGACGACACUACCGCCAAGAGCACGUCUACAUCGUCUACCCAAUAAUGAUCAAGCACACCAUCACCAGCUGGAACGUGAGGAGGUGCAUGGGGAUCCCGGAAAAGCGACGCAACAUUUACACCUAUUUAUCAACAUUCAAAGCAUCCGCCAUUCUACUACAAGAACACUUCCUCAAACCGGAACUCUGGCAAUGUAUCAAGGACGAGUACGAGGGCAAGGUCUUCAUCAGCAAACACUGUCUGACUCUGAUCCCCGCCGACUCGCCCCUGAUCGACGCCGAGAUUUUGCGCACCCACUCGGCACUCGACGGACGAAUCCUGGUCACCUCCUUUCGACUUCGAGGCGACAUCCGGAUACUCGAGAUCAACAACAUUUACGCACCAGUCGAUACAAAACAACGACUCACAUUCUUUGACAAACUACAUUUCCACACGACGCAGAGCACCCACCUUCGACUCCUCGGCGGCGAUCUCAACGACUGCCCGCUGCCGGCGAUCGAUCGGCGGAACCAAGGUCGGCACGGCCAUCACUGGCCGAUCCUGAUCGGCAAGCUCGACUCGCCCUACACCGACUGCAUACGAUUCAAACACCCGCUCACACCAUCUUUCACUCGACCCAACAUCGUCCGCAAGCGACCAAAGUCCUUUUCACGACUUGACUACUUCCUUCUGCAGCGCACCCACCAAAAGCGACUCGUCCAAGCCUCGACGAUCUACGACCACCCCAAGGACCUUUCGGAUCACCGACCGGUCUCGAUCGUCCUAGUUCUCUCGGAUGAGCGAGGAGACGCGGCUCAACCCAACAACAGUUUACCAACGACAUCAAACCAAUUACAUCGUAUCAACGCGGCGACCUUCAAGACGGCGGAGUUCCAGGGGAUGUUGGAAGGAUGGUUGGAAGGAGCGAGUGGGGAGGAACCGGUGGGGGAGCUCGAGGUGGUGCUGGGGAACUGCGCGAAGGAGGGUCGGGAGCUGGCGAGGAGGGAGCAUCGGGGGCGGGUGGAGCGGAUGGCGGUCUUGGUGGGAAGGGUGCAGGAUCUGGAGGCGUUGCCGGUGAUGGGGGACGAGGAGACGGCCGAAUGGACGCGGACGACGGAGGAACUUAGGCGAGCGGUCAACGAGCGCGCGCGCCAACUUCGGAUCCGAGCCCACGUACCCGAAAUCGCUACCGAGGAACGACUGUCGCGGCCGGUUCCACGCCAAGCUCGCGGCACGGAGUUCGGAUUCCAAGAUCACAGCACUGCGAUUGCCCAACGGAGAGCUGACACAUGACAUUGACGUCGCGCUUGACCACACACAGGCGCACUUUCAGCGCCUCUACGAUCUCGAGCCGCGCGAUCGGGACCACGUCGAGCGACUUAGGGACGAUUUCUUGGCGCCGAUCAGGUCGGCGCGCACUUGCGAUGACCCGAGCUCGGACCCGCUCUUUCUGCGACGACUCUCGGAAGCGCACAUCGAGCUGCUGCAGCAACCCAUCACCGAGGACGAGGUCGUAGCCGCAAUCGCAACAACACACCCCGGUCGAUCGCCGGGUCCAUCUGGCGUGCCCUACGAGCUCUAUCACACAGCGCCGCGGGCGUGGGCCAAGGCGCUGAGCAGGGCCUUCAACGCGAUGACCGAGCGCGGCUCGCUUUCACCGAAGCAGGGGCAAGGACUCGCUCGCCUGCUCUUCAAGCACCACAAGAUCGGGGCCGAUCGCGCCGAGCUCUCGUCGUACCGGCCCAUCACCUUGCGCGAGUGCGACUACAAGCUCUUCACCAAGGUCUACGUUGCGCGACUCAACCACGUGCUGCCGGACCUGCUCCCACCGCAACAGCACGGCUUCGUCAAGGGCCGCCGAUCGGCGGACGCGUCAUUCCACCUGCGACUCUUGAUCGAGGAGCUGGGCGCGCGCGGCACCGAGUUCCCUGACGCGGCGCUCUUGUCUCUUGACCAAUCGUCGGCUUACGACCUCGUCGAGCACGAAUGGAUCUUCGCCAUCUUCGACGCUCUCGGCGCUCCUGCCGCCUUCCAACGCGUUCUGAGGAUGCUCUACUCGGGUGACUCAACCACGGCGCGAUAUAUCAUCAACGGCUUCUUGACUCCGCCGGUGCGGCUGACGUGUGGGCUCGGCCAAGGGGACCCGGCGUCGUCGUCGGUCUGGGAUGUCGUGUUCCAGCCGUUCCUGGAUGCUCUGCACCGUCGAGGCAUCGCGCUGAACCUCUCGCUUCCUACCAUUCACCCCUACCCACAGAGCCGCGCCAUUACAUCCCUUGCGUUUGCCGAUGACGUCGUCGUCGCCGUCGCGGGCUCGGAGUCACUCAACUUGCUCGACGACCUGGCGCUCGACUGGAGGCUCGCAACCAAUGGCCGGCUCAACACCGACAAGACCGUCGUACUACCCAUCGGGUGUCGCUGGGAGGCUGGCGAUCGUCCGCUCGUCGUCAAGGCCGAGGGCGAGUCGCUCGAGUGGAUCGGCCUAUCUUUCGACCCCACCGGCAACACCGAACUCGCCAACGUGAAUCUCGUCGCACGGCUCGAAGCGGUGCUCGAUUCGGCACGGGACCGAGGGCUCACACACCACACCCGAGCGUUCUACGUCAACCGAUACGCCAUUCCCAAGAUUCUGCACAUCCUCUCCGCCGACAUCCCACCGCUCGAGGUCGUCAAGGAGCUUGAUCGCAUUCUCGCCGACUUUGUCCGCGGCGGCAAGAGGAGGUCGUGCUAUGGCAAGGACGUCGUCUUCACACCGAGGUUCAAGGGGGGUCUUGGGGUCAUGCGGAUGCAGGACGUCGUCGACUCGGUUGCGGCACGCGUCUGGGACGUGCUUCUUGGCGGUUCGGAUGCGAUCUGGCAGGGACUUGCGCGCGCGGCGAUUGUACGAGCCCAUCCCGCCCCCGACUUUGACUUGGCAACCGAUGCGUGGCCUUGCGACUACACUCCGAUCCGAACCGAUCUACACCCAAGAUGGUAGGCCGUGCUGAAGGUACCAUCGACGCACAAUACGCAAGUCAAGCCGAGGACGUUGACGCUCGCGAACCUUCUCGCUCUUCCGAUCAAGUUGCACACCCUUCACUACCUACCGGGAGCACCAGCUGUGUCGCGACCACCCUACGACGCCGACUAUGCUGCGUUUGCCAUUUACGCCAAGGUAGCGGACCUGUUUCGACGCGAGCUGUACCCGGGCGGGGGCUUUCAUCUCUGGACGCCGCCGACGGAUGUGGUCGUCAGCAACAGCGAAUACGAUCAACGGGGCCGCCCACAACGAGAGCACUUCGUGGCAUGGUACCGACAUGCGAUCAAUCGAUUGAGGUUCACACCAAUAGCUCAACCGGUGGCGGCAGUACGAAUCAACGGGCCUCCCCGAGUCCGCCCCACCACGCCGCUCGAGUCGAUCCUGCCCCAUCCGAUCGACCCGCCGCAGCGCUUUCCGAGACCGGCUCUCCCAGACCAAUCAACACAAUACAACUUGCUCAGCAUGGAUCGGCCAUACACCAUCCGUCGCGUCCGCCGAGUCUUGAAUGCAAAGGCCUUCACCGACACGAUCGGUUUCAGGGACUCGCUGCAGCCCGACGAUCUCAAGGGAUUCUGGAAGGGGGUCAACUCGAAGGCAUUGACGGCGAGGGAACGCGAGGUGUGGUUCAAGCUCGUCAGGAACUUCACCCCGACUCGGAGUCUGCAGUUUCAUCAAAAGCACGACGACUCGCCCGCGUGCCUCGUCUGUGGAGCGCCCAAGGACGAUCGGGAACACUACUUCUUCGACUGCGUUGACUCUAGGAACGUUUGGAUCGCGGCAAGGGGCGUGCUCUGCGACGCACUGGGGCUCGACACGAUCGACAACACGCAUUACACGGCCGUUCAACGCAUGUUCGGACUUCCGAAGCUCAAGGCCAGUCUGCGCGAUCAAGAAGGAGCGGGGAGGACGAUCGAAAUAUUCACCGGGCUGGUCUUGGAGAUGAUCAGCAGCGGGAGGUGGGGGAUGCAGAAGUGGGGGACGAGGAUGGAGGGUGUUGGGAGGAGGAGGAUCAUCUUGGAGGAGAGGUUGAAGCUGAGGGCGGGAGGAGCUUGGGGGAGGAGAGGGCAGUAG